CGACCUGCUCCCUCUCCCCGACCCCUUCCCGCCGGACGUCCUCGAUGACUGCAUGGAGUCUUGAGCCGGACUGCGGCGUCGCCUGCGGAGUCGGGCCUGGUCCCAGGGCACGGGGGGUGGGGCGGAGGUGUUCCGUACCAUGCAAGUUGGAUAGAAGGAGGACCUCUCGCCACGGGCCCCAAUGAGCGGCACACAGCCCACUAUCACCGACAGGUUUCCCCUCAAAAAACCUAUAAGGCAUGGGAGUAUUUUGAACCGAGAGUCACCAACAGAUAAGAAGCAGAAAGUUGAGCGCAGUGCAUCACAUGAUUUUGAUCCCACAGAUAGCUCCUCCAAGAAGACAAAGUCUAGUUCAGAGGAGAGUAGAUCCGAGAUAUAUGGUCUGGUUCAGCGUUGUGUGAUCAUCCAGAAGGAUGACAAUGGAUUUGGGCUGACGGUCAGUGGAGACAAUCCAGUCUUCGUACAGUCUGUCAAAGAAGAUGGAGCAGCCAUGCGGGCUGGGGUACAGACAGGUGAUCGAAUCAUCAAGGUGAAUGGAACUCUGGUGACUCAUUCAAACCAUUUGGAAGUGGUGAAGCUAAUCAAAUCUGGUUCCUAUGUAGCUCUCACUGUUCAGGGACGCCCACCUGGGUCGCCCCAGAUUCCACUCGCUGAUUCUGAAGUAGAGCCAUCAGUCAUUGGACAUAUGUCUCCCAUCAUGACAUCCCCUCAUUCACCUGGAGCAUCUGGGAACAUGGAGAGAAUUACUAGUCCUGUGCUCAUGGGGGAGGAAAACAAUGUGGUUCAUAACCAGAAAGUAGAAAUUCUGAGAAAGAUGUUACAGAAAGAACAGGAACGGCUACAGUUAUUGCAGGAAGAUUACAACCGAACACCUGCCCAAAGAUUGCUAAAAGAGAUCCAAGAGGCCAAGAAACACAUUCCUCAGCUGCAAGAGCAGUUAUCCAAAGCCACAGGCUCUGCUCAGGAUGGAGCUGUAGUUACCUCCUCCAAGCCUGUAGGUGAGCCGCUGACAGCCAGUGAGGUAGAAGCAGAUCCUGGUGAGGGAAUAGGCAGACUUGACUACUGCACUGGAGAUGCUUCUCGGCCCGGCAGUGACAGCGCUGACAGUCCCAAGAGUGCCCUGAAAGAGAGGAUUUGUCUAGAGGAAAACCCAGAGAAAAGUGAAGUGAUUCAGGACACUGAUACCCAGUCUCUCUUUGGGAGCCCCUCUCCCCGUAUAGCAGCUCAUAUUAUUGGAGCAGAGGAUGAUGAUUUCGGUACUGAACAUGAACAGAUCAAUGGGCAGUGCAGCUGUUUCCAGAGCAUUGAACUGCUGAAAUCUCGCCCUGCUCACCUGGCUGUUUUCUUACACCAUGUAGUCUCACAGUUUGACCCCGCCACACUGCUUUGUUAUCUGUAUUCAGACCUGUAUAAGCAGACCAAUUCCAAGGAGACUCGUCGCGUCUUCCUUGAGUUUCAUCAGUUCUUCCUGGAUCGAUCUGCACACCUGAAAGUUUCUGUGCCUGAUGAAAUAUCAGUAGAUCUAGAAAAAAGGAGACCUGAGCUUAUACCUGAGGAUCUACACCGCCACUAUAUCCAAACAAUGCAGGAAAGAGUCCACCCAGAAGUUCAGAGGCACUUGGAGGAUUUUCGGCAGAAGCGUAGCAUGGGACUGACCUUGGCUGAAAGCGAGCUGACUAAACUCGACGCAGAGCGAGACAAGGACCGGGUAACUUUGGAGAAGGAACGGGCAUGUGCAGAACAGAUUGUUGCCAAAAUCGAAGAAGUGUUGAUGACUGCUCAGCCUGUGGAAGAAGAUAAGAGUUCAACAAUGCAGUAUGUUAUCCUAAUGUACAUGAAGCAUUUGGGGGUAAAAGUGAAAGAACCUCGAAAUUUGGAGCACAAGCGGGGUCGGAUUGGAUUCCUUCCAAAAAUCAAGCAGAGUAUGAAGAAAGAUCGAGAAGGCGAAGAAAAAGGAAAGCGCAGAGGAUUCCCCAGCAUCCUGGGACCCCCAAGGAGACCAAGCCGUCACGACAACAGUGCAAUUGGCAGAGCCAUGGAACUACAGAAGCAGCGCCACCCGAAGCACUUAUCCACACCUUCUUCUGUGAGUCCUGAGCCUCAGGACCCUGCCAAGUUGCGCCAGAGUGCGUUAGCAGGCGAAGGAACAGAGGUCGGAUACCUGCCAGCCAAUCCCAUGUCCUCUGUGGCUGCUGGGGCCACUCUUUCCCAGGAAGGAGGGAAGGAGAAUGAUACAGGAUCAAAGCAAGUUGGAGAAACACCAGCAUCUGGAGACUGCAUAGAUAAUACCCCUCGGACUCCCAAUACCAUCUUUGAUUUCCCACCUCCUCCCUUAGACCAAGUGCAGGAGGAGGAAUGGGAAGUGGAAAGGGUGACUGAGCAUGGGACACCAAAACCCUUUCGAAAGUUUGACAGCAUAGCUUUUGGAGAAAGUCAAAGUGAGGAUGAACAGUUUGAAAAUGACUUAGAGACAGAUCCACCCAACUGGCAACAGCUCGUUAGUCGAGAAGUGUUACUGGGCCUAAAGCCUUCUGAGAUCAAGAGACAGGAAGUAAUUAAUGAAUUGUUCUACACUGAAAGAGCUCAUGUCCGAACACUAAAGGUUCUUGAUCAAGUAUUCUAUCAGCGAGUGUCCAGGGAAGGAAUUCUGUCCCCUUCAGAACUACGGAAGAUUUUUUCAAACUUGGAAGAUAUUCUUCAACUUCACAUUGGAUUGAAUGAGCAAAUGAAGGCUGUUCGAAAGAGGAAUGAGACCUCAGUUAUUGAUCAGAUUGGGGAAGAUUUGCUGACCUGGUUCAGUGGACCAGGGGAGGACAAGCUGAAGCACGCCGCUGCUACCUUUUGCAGUAACCAACCUUUUGCCCUGGAAAUGAUCAAGUCUCGUCAGAAAAAGGAUUCUCGAUUCCAGACCUUUGUGCAAGAUGCUGAGAGUAAUCCUCUGUGUCGUCGUCUGCAGCUGAAGGAUAUCAUUCCUACCCAGAUGCAGAGGCUUACCAAGUACCCUCUUCUGUUGGAUAAUAUUGCCAAAUACACAGAAUGGCCAAUGGAAAGGGAGAAGGUGAAGAAAGCCGCAGAUCACUGUCGUCAGAUCUUAAAUUACGUAAAUCAGGCUGUCAAGGAGGCAGAAAACAAACAGCGACUAGAAGACUACCAGCGUCGCCUGGAUACCUCCAAUCUGAAGUUGUCAGAGUACCCAAAUGUGGAAGAGCUCAGGAAUUUGGAUUUAACGAAAAGGAAGAUGAUUCAUGAAGGGCCAUUGGUCUGGAAGGUGAAUCGAGAUAAAACUAUUGAUCUAUACACAUUGCUGCUGGAAGACAUUCUUGUAUUGUUACAAAAGCAGGAUGAUAGACUGGUGUUAAGAUGUCAUAGUAAGAUUCUGGCAUCCACGGCUGACAGCAAACACACAUUUAGCCCUGUCAUUAAGUUGAAUACAGUGUUGGUUCGACAAGUGGCAACAGAUAACAAAGCUUUAUUUGUCAUCUCCAUGUCAGACAAUGGAGCCCAGAUUUAUGAACUGGUGGCACAGACUGUUUCUGAAAAGACUGUCUGGCAAGACCUAAUCUGUCGGAUGGCUGCAUCAGUGAAGGAACAGUCCGCAAAGCCAAUCCCAUUGCCACAGUCACCACCUUGCGAAGGAGACAACGAUGAAGAAGCAGCUCCAAAGUUAAAAGUGGAACAUCAUAGCAUUUCAGUCCCUGGUUUGCAGAGUCCAGACAGAGAUUUGGGAUUAGAGUCUCCCUUAAUAUCAUCAAAACCUCAGUCUCAUUCACUGGGUACCUCUGGGAAAUCCGAGGUAGAUGAUCUGUUUGUGGCCGAGAGGCAGUUUGCUAAGGAGCAGCAUACAGAUGGGACUCUGCAGGAAGCUGGAGGAAGUUAUCAGAUCACAAUCCCAGAUCCACACUUGCCUGCCUCCGAAGAACGGUGGGCACUGGAUGCACUAAGGAAUUUGGGCUUGCUGAAGCAGUUGCUCGUCCAACAGCUGGGUUUGACCGAGAAGAGUGCUCAGGAAGACUGGCCACAUUUCCCGAGAUACAGGACGGCGUCUUCAGGGGUGCAGACAGACAGUGGAACCCAGAACUCUGAAAACAGUAAGGCCUAUCCUCCUGGUGAAGGACAGAUGCCCUUUAGAACUGGAACUGGUGACAUUUCAACUUGUUACAGUCCACGGACUUCCACUGAAUCUUCUGCUCCACGGGAUUCAGUGGUCCUGGCAUUCCAAGAGAGCCAGGCAAGUAACAUUUUAGUAAUGGACCACAUGAUUAUGACCCCAGAGAUGCCUCCUGCAGAGCCAGAAGGGAGUCUUGAUGAGAGUGGAGAGCACUUUUUUGAUGCCCGUGAAGCACAUAGUGAUGAUAAUCCAUCAGAAGGUGAUGGAGCAGUUAAGAAGGAAGAGGAUGUUAAUUUGCGCAUCUCAGGAAACUAUUUGAUUCUUGAUGGCUAUGAAGCGGUGCAGGAGAGCUCCACGGACGAGGAGGUUGCUUCCUCGCUUCCCCCGCCGCCCACGGCAGGCAUCCCCGCCAUGGACUGUGCCCGCCCACAGCAGCACUCUCCCCAGCAUGCCCAUUCCGAUGGGGCGGCUUCACCAUUCACCCCAGAAUUCCUGGUCCAGCAGCGCUGGGGAGCUAUGGAGGAUUCCUGUUUUGAGAUCCAGAGCCCCCCCUCUUGUGCAGACUCACAAAGCCAGAUCAUGGAGUACAUUCGUAAGAUCGAGGCUGACCUAGAACACCUAAAGAAGGUGGAAGAGAGUUACAGCAUUCUUUGCCAAAGGCUGGCUGGAUCAGCCCUCACAGACAAGCACUCAGAUAAGAGUUAGAACCACGUGUCCUGGAGGUGACUGAAGGUUGUUGGACUCUGAGCACCGGCCUUGUAUCACCCAUCCUGGCUGCAGCGUGGACGCAGAGAGAGUGUGUGACGGAGGGUCUGCCUGUGAACCCCCCACCCCAGGGGUCGCCGCGUGCCUGGGCGCCCAGAGCGGGACUAGUUCUUCCAAGUCCGGCAGCUGCACUAGCCUGUCAGUGAGGGAGCCUUGACUCUCUCGCUCUGCGCUCCUCACCAUCGGAAAUUCAUUUUGAUUCAGAACAAAAACCAAAUGUAUAGAGCUUUGGGUGUAGGAUAUGAAAUUUUACUUAGACUUAAGAAGAAGAGAAAAAUCAGAUGUAUUUAUUUGACUUCAUUCCGUAUUUGAAAGCACAUUUUAAUUUUUAUUUUGCCAUGUUUUGUUUUAAUUGAGUAGUGAGAGUUUUAGCCCUUUGUAUUUAGGACACCCAAGGGUCAGUUGCCCCUGAAGCCAAGAGUUCCGGAUGAGGUAUUGGGAGGCUGGGUAGAGAGGUGGAGAGAGGGUAAGCCGGGGGAGGGAGGAGCAUCCAGCCUUCACUGAAGUCUGUCCCGUGGCCCCUGCUGUCCAGUAGGCGUCUUCGUUGAGGAGCACCUCCUUGAAGGCACAGCAUGCCCGUGGUUCCUGUGCACAGAGGACUCGAGCUGUGUGCUGCCCAGGUGGGCAGAGUUAGGUGGGCUUCCUCCCACCUGAGGCAAGCACCUCUUCUCUGUAGCUGGGCUCCACCUGCAAUUAACAGAAAUCCUCAAUGUACUAAAUAGCAGGCACUUGAAAAUGGGUGUGUUUUCUUCUUUUGUCUUUUUUUCUAUUGAGGGGAGGGACUUGGGAGGGGGAGGAAAGCAAAUUUUAUUUUCUUGGCUAUAAAUUUGUUAUUCUUGGUAUUGUUUCAUUUUUAUGAUGAUACAUUAGACUUCGGCACUUGUGGAAAAUUAUCCCUGCAGAUUGAGCAGGAAGGAAGAAAACAAACAAAGAUGCUUCAACUGGUGGCAGGGGUGGGGGCUGCUGAGGAGGGGUGGGUUGGGAGCGGGGGCAAGAGUCUAGGAAGGUUAUCUAACGGAAUCACUACUGAGUUGAACCAUGGCUCUCAUUAGCCACGGGUACUGCUGAAUAGAAGGCCAGUAAAAUUUUAGUACCUGGAGGUUUAACUCGAAUAUUAAUUUUGCACUGAUGGUGCCAAAGGGCUCUUUGAGUUAAAAGAAGAGCCACGCGUGGAGCGGAGAGAGAGGUGGUGGAGAAGGCAGGGCUGCUCAAACCAGCUCCAGAAGCACUUCCUCUGACUUCGCUGCCGGAGCUUUCUCCACACUGGUGCGUGACCUUACAAAUUGCAGACCAGAACAUACACUGGAAACUGUGGGCAAGGGGUUGCUGGCUGGCUGCUCUAGAGUGACUUGUAGAAUGGGCAGCACCCUGCAGGGGACAGAUGUUUCAGAAUCGUAACUGGAGAACUCCGUCAGUUACGUUGGCUUUCUGUGGUUUUCCUUGUGCAUCGGGUAUACACGUCUUGGAGUAUUUUUGCCAACUAAAACGAAAUCAUUGGUCAAAUCUUCCAGUUCUGUUAAUACGCAACGCGUGUUCCUCCACUGCUCACACCUUUCAGUAGUGCCCUCUGAACCCUGGGGGUAAUCGGGAUGUGACUUUCCUCUUCCCCGGCACUCUCAUCGCAAGUAAUGAUGAUUCCCUACUCCUCCUGUAAACACCACUACGACUUGACAAGCUCAUCUCUGUCCACAUUCCUAUUUCCUGCCUUUUCAAGUCUGACCUGUGUUUUUAAGUAGACCAACUUGGACCAUUCGUUGGACCUCAUCUAUAAAUUAGACUGAUAUUUUGAGUUGCAGGCCCAGCAUGAACGAAAUCAGAAUUGGGUGUAAACAUUUUAGAAGCAGAAGCAGAAGCUAGUAAGACAAGCUUGGGACUUGACUUUCUGUAUCUCGUAAGAGAAGCAGGUAGAAACCGAAUGGUUAGGUGGGGCUGGAAAGGGGGUAGUCACUCCCAACUCACAGGGUGAUACGCCUGUGGCCCCCUGACACCAGCGUCAUCAUCCGCGGGCAUUUAAUCAGGAGCAAGGUAAACAAUAGAACUUUCACCCUAAGUUCAAACAGCACAGGGUAAGUUCAUGUAAUUCUUCGGCCCUUGUUUAAGGAACGUUUAGGUUUCUCUUCCAGCUCCGCCAGUAUCUUGUCCUUAACAACGAUCUGCUUGUCUUCUCCUACAGUUUUCACCUCUCCUUGGAACCGGGCUAACUGGAAAAAUGCUUUGACCAUAGCUCUAGUACCUCCAAAUAAAUUUAUAUCUGGAUUUUUAAAUGAAGCCCCAAAGCAAAGUCUUAGGUCUGAAAAGAUUCUAGUUUUUGAGUGUUCUUUUUGUCCUACCAGCCUAACUUCUCCCCUCCUCCUUCCCAGCCCCGCCUUUUCUUUCCGGCCUUUAGAAUCACAUGCACUCUGCUCUGAUACCAUAUCUGCCUUUCAGGAUGAUGGAAUUAGAUAGUCGCCCUGGGUUUUGAGUGACAGUGAUCCCCAUCAAAGCUGUUUUCUCAUAGUUAACUGGAGGAGAAGCUGGAUCCAAGGGUGGUGAACAAAGCAACCUCCCCAGAGCAGGAGAGCUGGGUUUUAGCCACUGAAGUGACCUGCUGUGACCCUGUGCUCUCUUCUGGGGGCCUAAUGGCUCCUUUGCUAUUAAGUGGCAAAUUACGUUUGGAGUGUCUCCUUCCUUUUCAGAGAACAGAGUUAAUCAAGGCAAAUCAGCAAGCCCCCAAAGUGCUAUAAUUUAAAAUCAUGAUUACAGCCCUAGAAGCCAUAUAUUUUGCAUACUUUAAAAUCAGCUGACUUGGACUGCUUGAGUUCUCUCGGCUUUUAGGACCUAAACUGAAACCAUUUACUAUAUUGUACCAUAAGAAGGUGCAUUUCAUUACCUUUAUGGCUUCCCAUUCCCCAAAACAACUUCUGACUACUGUUAGGAUGUGUCUCUUUAUUUUAAUUUUUUUGUAAAGAUUUUCUUUUGAAGUAAUCUCGAUACCCAACGAGGAGCUCAAACUCAUAACCUCAAGAUCAGGAGUCACAUGCUUUACAGACUGAGCCAGCCAGGUGCCCCAAGAUAAAAGUUUUUUUUGGAGGAGAGAGGGGAAAUCUAAUGUGAAAAGUUUUUUUCCCCCCUUCUUUUUAGAAGCUAAAGAAAAUAAUUAUGCUUCCAUUGAGUUGUCUUUUACUUACUUUUUUCUUUUUUUCUUUUCUUUUCUUUUUUUUUUUUUUUUGGUGAUGCUGGUAAAUUUGGUGUAUUACCUGGAGCUUCUAUAUUUCAAACUGGAAACUGUCUUCUCUGAAGGUGGUAUAUGAUGUUAUUUUGAGCUACUAGAACUUUGGUCAAUCUUUCCUUCCCUGUGUGUCACAGAGAGCAUCACUGAGAAGUGUGUACAGAGGACCUCAAGAUAGAAAAUUGGCAGGACCUUCUAGUCCUCUUUCUGCUGGCUAGUUUUUUCGCCUCUACUGUUAAAGUCUUUGUUUGAUAAACCAUGUUUUCUUCUGACAGGUUCACGCCUUUUCAGUGAUCUGCAAAAUUGUUCUUUCUUCAAGAAAGGAGUUUCUUUUGCCUCGUUCCUUACACCUUCCCCACUGGUACUGAUGGUUUUGAUAAUAAAUUGGUAGAAAAAAAAAUGUACCUCGUAGAAGGAAGCCCUGUCUGCCAUUUCCGGGUGCCAAUGGCUAAGCAGAUGUCCUGCAAAAGUGAUAACUGUAAUGUGCACACUAUUGGUUAUUUUUAAUAAGCCUCUUCCUACUAGAACAUUUUAUUUUCCUUGUUCACCAUACAAUCAUGUACUCUUUAACAGAAAUUACUUUUAAAAAAAUCUGGAACUAUCUUUAAAAAAAAAACUUUAUUAAUAAUCAUGUAUUUUUACUGAUCACAUUUUGAAAUGCCUAAAAGACUUUAUUGUUCUAAUUAUCCAGAUGUACCUUUGUAAAAUAGCUCUUUUAUGAAUUAGCUGAUAAGACUAUGUUUCUGGAACAAAAUAUUGGUCAUCUAAAAACUUUCUGUUUUCUGGGGUCUGGGAAAAUAGAAAAUGAAAGUUCAAAUAUUAAAUAUGCUUAAAAUAAC